AUGAACUUUGAGAAGUUGAAUAUAGAUGAUAGCCGCGGCAUAGGAGGAUCUCGAUUCUUCAUUUUUCGAGUUGGUCCCACCCGAGCCCCAUUUUAUGUCUUUCGAAGAACGAAUGCGUAUAGCACCCAGGGCUUCAAGAAUCUGUCAAAGUACGAGAAUCGGAUUUCCAAACUUAAACACGACGCCCAAAAUGGGGAACAACUUUGGCAAGGCAUCGCCAUUAAGGAAACGGAGAACAGUAUCAACAGUCCACAGAUAUAG